GGGCGCCGAGUGAUGCGGGCUGGCCGCCUCCUUCCCUCCCCGAGCUGGGCGCAUAAAGCGCGACUCCGGCUCCCCUGCGCCCCCUUCCCUUCCCUUCCAGUCCCCGCGCCUCGCCUCCGUCGAGCCGAGCCGAGCCGAGCCGAGCCGGGCAGGGAAGCCGCAGCGUCCGCUCCGAGCUCUUCCUUCUGGUCACCUCGAACCCUGAUGCUUUUUGGAAUGAGCACGUGUGGCAGGAAGGCUUUGACUCUGCUCAGCAGUGUGUUUGCUGUCUGUGGCUUGGGCCUCUUAGGAAUUUCUGUUAGCACUGACUAUUGGCUCUACCUGGAAGAAGGAAUCAUCCUGCCCCAAAAUCAGUCCACUGAAAUCAAAAUGUCACUGCACUCUGGGCUCUGGAGGGUCUGCUUCCUGGCAGGUGAGGAGCGUGGCCGAUGUUUCACUAUAGAAUAUGUCAUGCCCAUGAAUGUGCAGCUGACAUCGGAAUCAACAAUAAAUGUUUUAAAGAUGAUUCGAUCUGCCACACCAUUCCCUUUAGUCAGUCUCUUUUUCAUGUUCAUUGGGUUUAUACUGAGCAACAUUGGACACAUUCGGCCCCACAGAACCAUCCUGGCCUUUGUAUCAGGAAUCUUCUUCAUCCUGUCUGGUUUAUCUCUUGUGGUGGGGCUGGUAUUGUACAUAUCCAGCAUCAACGAUGAGAUGUUGAACAGAACCAAGGACUCUGAGACUUACUUCAGUUAUAAAUAUGGCUGGUCAUUUGCUUUUUCGGCUAUCUCUUUCCUUCUGACAGAGAGUGCCGGCGUGAUGUCCGUUUACCUGUUUAUGAAAAGAUACACCGCUGAGGAGAUCUAUAGACCUCACCCUGGCUUCUAUCGCCCGCGGCUUAGCAACUGCUCCGAUUACUCCGGGCAGUUCUUGCACCCAGAUGCUUGGGUACGCGGACGUAGCCCGUCUGAUAUUUCCAGUGACACUUCCCUGCAGAUGAACAGUAACUACCCUGCUCUACUUAAAUGUCCAGAUUAUGAUCAAAUGUCAUCUUCCCCGUGUUGAAUGGCAAUUAACUCCUUCAGCUACUUGUGAUGAGGAGCAAGCCCCCACUGUGUCCUGACUUGGUUUAUUGUUUGUAGGCCGCUCUUCCAGGACAAUUGUCUAUUUAUAGGAUAGUCAACCAUGUUAAACAUUGGCUAAAGAGAUUUCUUUCCAAAUGAUGCUUACUUGCAUAUCCUCAUCCUCCAGCCAUUGCACACACAUGGCUCCCUUUGAAGAGAGUAGCAGCUUUGGGUGUGGAAUACAUCCAGGAUCGGGCUUAGCAAGUAUCUGAUCUCAAAGAACUACUACUAGGAAAAAAAAAAUGUUUUUUGGUAGGCAGCAAAGAGUGUGUUUUGAUGGUAUCAUUUUACUGUGGAUUUCUUGUCAUAAAGGAUAUGUGUACAUUUCUAACUAAUAGUAACAAUUACAAAAGUGCAACUUGCGUCUUGAUUUGAGAUUUACUAUGAUAUAUGUUUCAUCGUUGCUGUGUAUUAUUUCUAAUCAGGUAGUAAUGAUCAAUAACCAUCCCAGUCAAGUAUACCUCACUAUGGGAUUUUCCAAAAGCUAUACAGGAGUUAGAUGCCCGUUUUCCAUUGACUUUUGAUGGGAUCUGAGAACAAGCUUCUUUAGCAUCUUCUGCAAAUCAUACCCCCAGUCACUCAUGUUAAAUCUCUGUCCACUAUGACCAUGGUGUUACUUUAUACUGUUAGUGCAAACUACUGCUAUCACAAAUGCAAACUAUUGAGGCCAGAUCCACACUUGGUAUAAACCUUCAGAGUUCUCUUACUUCAUUGGAGCUAUUUUGGGUUACCGCAGAUAACAAUCCACCAGAGAUGCUAUAUCUCACAAAAAGGGUAUGCAUUAUUUCAAGCUGUACCUAUUAUUUAUAUUACUAUAUGCCUUAUUUUGUCUCUUUGUUGUUCUUAAAGUCCAUGCAAUCCACUUUGGUCUUGGAAGACUGAGAAUUAACAGUGUGUGCCUAGCAAUCUAUUGUACAUAACAUUCAGAGAACUGAAAGGUGAAAAUCCAUAUAGGGUACUGUUAUGAAAAUGAUAAGAUUACUGAAAGAGCUGUGUCAACUGUACAGUUUCUAACCUUGGUUAUUUUUUUUUACCACUUUGGAAAAUGUUGGUUUGUAAAUAGCAAAAUCCUACAGGUGUUCUUUGUAUAUCUGAGUUUUCAGUUUGACUGUACUAUUUUACUUCAAUUAAAACAAGUGUAAUGUA